CGACAUUUACCCAAAUCCACCCUCAAAGCAAGGUAGAGGCAAAUUUGUGUAACUAAAAAUGAGGCAUCAUGGGACAAGCAACUCCACCAUGGCUCCAUCAGGAGCAGCAGCUGCUUUGAGAAGCUCGAGUUCUCCCAUUCCCUACCUCUUUGGUGGCCUAGCUCUAAUGCUUGCAGUUAUAUCAGUAGCAUUACUCAUCCUUGCAUGUUCUUUUCGUUCACAAUAUUCCUCUUCUAAUUCUUCUGAUUCUACCUCAGCUGGUGAUGAUGAUCAUCAGAAACUAACAAAUAUGGUGGUGAAUUCAGAGCCAAAGAUUGUUGUCAUAAUGGCUGGAGAGAGUAACCCCACUUAUUUGGCCAAGCCAGUGACGAACUCUUCCACAGGCAAUGCUGCUUUACAAGCUGUUCCGAAGUAAUAUGUAUCUCUCUGCAAGUUUUGGUUUUCUUAUUCAUUGAUUAACAUAAUAUAGUCCCUUUUUGUUGCUUUUUGAACUCUAGUGGACUAUGCGAGAUGUAAAUCUUAGAGAAUUAAAUGGGGAUAUAUGAUAAUGUUCAGAUUUUGUUUCUUACAUAUAUAUAAUAUAAUUCAGUGUUGAUUUUAA